AACUUAAGCAGCCGACAAAGCCUUUAUAAAAAGCUCGAAGAGCAUCACUUUGUGUGAAUACAGACACGACUGACACCGCAAGGACAUUUUUUUUUUAUUUAUCAAAUAUAAUUCAAACAAAGAUUCCCUCAUUAUUCCAGUCCAGCUGGUAAGGACAUAAACUGACAAAAUGAGCAACGACACUGAAGUAGAUAUGAAAGAUGUGGAGCUCAAUGAGGUGGAGCAGGAGAAGCAGCCAAUGACAGAGGGGGAGGCAAAUAAUUAUGCCAUCUCACCUGUAUCCGAAAAGAAUGGCAUUGUAAAGGUGAAGAUUCCAGAUGAGGAGAGCAAAUUCACUGGGUUAUCCAAAGAAGAGCUCCUGAAAGUAGCUGGAACGCCUGGGUGGGUUAAAGUUCGUUGGGCACUUCUGAUCUUGUUCUGGCUUGGCUGGCUGGGCAUGCUAGCUGGUGCCAUUGCCAUCAUUAUUCAAGCUCCGCGAUGCAAGCCCCUACCUGCGAUGAACUGGUGGAAUUAUGGACCUCUGUACCAGAUUGGGGAUGUGCAAUCCUUUACAAAGUCUUCAGAUCUGAAAGGUUUGACUGACAAGCUUCAGGCGUUAGAUGAGUUGAAAGUGAAGGGUCUGAUCAUUGGCCCGAUCCAUGUGUCCAGUGCUGAUAAGCCUGAGGAACUGAAUUUGACUGAGAUUUCUAAAGAGGCUGGUGGUCUUGCACAGUUUCAAGAGCUCAUUAAGGCUGCACACAAGAGAGGUAUCUCUGUUGUUUUGGACCUGACCCCUAACUAUAAAGGCAAAGAGCCCUGGUUUACUGAUGCUGUCAGCACUGUGGUCAAACUUGAGUCUGCUAUGAUGUAUUGGCUUAAAGAAGAUGUAGAUGGAUUCCUCUUCUACGAUGUUGAGAAGGUUUCCACUGCAGCCCCUACCCUUUGGAAGGAUGUUGAAGAACUUGUCCACAAUCAAACUGAAUCAGUGGGAAAAAAUAAAAAGGUCUUAAUUGGUGUUACGGAACAGUCCUCUUCUGACGACAUCAGUGUUUUGUUGAACAAAACUGGUGUGGACCUGCUCCUCACUGGUGCUUUAAACCCCCUAUCAACAGCUCUGGACAUUGCCCAUACUGUUGAUAGCUUGUAUUCUGCUUACAAUCAGACCAGACUGACUUGGAACAUCGGUGGGCGUAUUGCUGGACACCUGGCAUCACUGGUGGGGUUGGCCAAAGUCAAGUUGAGUCAGCUGAUGUUGCUCACGUUGCCUGGCACACCUGUGUUUAAUUAUGGGGAUGAAAUUGGACUGGAAGAUGGGGUGGAAAAAUACCCGACCAUGGUAUGGAAUGAGAAUGACGAAAAUGUGACUAAGAGCAAGAAGGAUGAAUUUAGCACUGUCCGUAAGUUCUUCAAAGACAUGAGUGAAAAAAGGUCGAAAGAGCGCUCUUUGCAGCAUGGAGAAUACAUUCCUUUGUUCAACUCGACCACCGCCAUGGCGUACGUGCGAAGCUGGGACCAAAAUGAGCGCUACCUUAUCGCACUCAACUGGCACUCGACAGAAUCUGUCACUCUUCAGCUAAAGCAUGCUGAGAUUCCUGAAUAUGCUACAGUAGUGUACAGUACUAGUGGUGGUGAUGAAAAUACUGUGCUUGACCUUGCAAAAUUAGUGGUGAAACCUGAACAAGGUAUAAUGCUGAAGUUUCCUUACAAUCCCUAAAGACGUGCACAGGUGUUUACUUUAAUUGGCCAUUCUGUUACAAUAUUUAUCCUUUUUUAGUAUAAGAACACUGGUGUAUAUGAUCAGAUUGUACUGUUACAUGCAUCACAUGCACAGCAUGACUACUAAACUAAACGUUAAGCUGGUAGUUUUAUUUUUCUGUGUGGUGGAAUACAUUCCAUAGGACAAAGUUUUUUAAUUUGAAAUGUUUUUUUUAAAAUGUAGUGCAGUUACGCACACUAAACGCACGUAAAUGACUGUUUCUUCUAUGUAAUUGGAAAAAGAUGCAUGAAAAUGAAAGCUGUCGACAAUAAAUUAAGUGAAGCAGUUUA